ACAUAUCCAUAACAGAAAUUUUAGAGGAAACUUGGUUAACAGAUACAAUUCAUCAAUUUUUAGAAGCUGCUGUGCGUGACAUUCCUGGGCUGUCUGUUCAUUCCAUAUGUGCUACUCUUUCGAAACAUCUUAGAAAUGAAGAAAAUCGUAAACCAGACAGAACUGUAAGAUUGAAACUUGAAGACAACCAGUUUGAAAUUCUAUACGUAGAAGGUGCUAACCCAGAAUUGAAAGGAAAAAAGCGUCAAGAAGAUGCAAAACGACUCCAGCAGCUUAUAAAACUAAAUCUUGACGAACUUCUAAGAGACUUUCAGCAUAUACAUGGAAAUAAAAUAAAUGAAGACAUUGCGAAAAAAAUUUACGAUAACCCCCUUAUUACAAUUCAAUCUACUCAAACAUCAUUAAUUUCGAUAAUUAGUAACAGGAAAGCUCACCCAAUGAUAUGCACUACUACUUUCCACAAUAUCAGAAUACCAUUCCCAACUAAAGAUCAUGUGCUACAACUAUCCAAAGGAUUGAAAUUAAUUUCAAUGAUGUGGGAAAUUCGAAAUGUGCUAAAAAUUAUUGUAAAUAAUUGGAGAAAUAUUUUAGAUAGCAUGGAAGAAAUAACAAUAAUACCAGCAGAACAACGAGUAAAAAUUGAUGGAAAUAUUCCUCAAUUUAGAAACUUCACUCCUGGGCAUU